AGAUUCAUUCCUAGUACAAUACAGCAAGUCAGUUUCCAGUGAUCUUGUUUUCAUUGCAUUAUGAUGAAUUAUGCAGGUAGAAAAUCAACUUAUCAAUCAUGGCUGGGUUUUUUUAUAUUCUUUGGAAAUUUAGCCAGUUUUGUUAGAUUACAAAAGUUUCAGAUCUAGUCAACUCAAGGAUAGUUACCCUGAUGGAUGAUUUUUCUUUUUUUUCCCUUCUGUCCAUUUCAUGGUCUUGGUAGAUUUUUGUUUUGUUUAAGAUGCAGUCCUGUUAGAAAACAGUUGUAAAUGUUCAAGAAGCUUUCCAACUUCAAGCUUUGUAGCAUUUUCCUAUUUUGCCACCUCAUCACAUUUCCAGCUUCCAAACACAAUUCACAUGCUUUUGCAGCCUUUACAUAUUGAAAUGCCUAUCAGUUAGAUAAAUUUGACGGAAACAGUUGUGUUAAAAUUCAAGUACCCCUGGUACACAAAAAUAUUUAGAUUCUUUAGAUGAAAAACCUCAUCAUCCAACAUACAUUUAAACAUUCAGCACAUAAUGAUGUCCUAGUAUUUUAUGAAGUGAAAGAGUCGGCUUACAAUAUUUUGAUGUCGUAGUCUGUCUUGCCUUUGCAAAAUAAACAAAACAACAGUGAUUUGACAAACAUUUUCUGCUGUGUCAGUGCCAUACAGAUAGAUGAAAAAACCAGUGCAUAUCAUCUCAAAAUUUGUUUCUGUGCGAUGACAAAAUCUUUGUGCUGUUUCAUGGUGUUUUUAUCAAUAGAAUCAUUGUGCUAUUGUGUGGGAACAGGAGGUACAAACACACAGAGAGUCUGUGAUUUCUUAGCUUUGUCUUUCAUGUUUUCUAAAUUUUGUCCAUUGAUCACUGCGAGAGAUAUUUGUGGCUUGCAUUUUAACAUUGGCUGUACAUGGAGAAACACAUAGAAUUGGAUAUGGAGGAGGAUAAGAAUAACAUUGCCAAGAUUCCAAGACUUAUUUACCACACAUACAUGCACUUCUAUCAGAUGAUGUAAAAGUUGGGAGAUUUUGAUUUUUAGUUAUUGUUUCUUUAAAAUGAAACAAGAAUGACAAUUGAAUUAUGUUCCCUGUCCCUGUUAGUGUCUCUAUACAAAGAUGAAGCGGAUGUUAGGAUGUAUGACUGAAUGUUUUAUCAUGUUUUAUUGAGGGGUACAUGAAGCUCUCUCUGUUCAUGAUUAACCCAGUAGUCAUUGUCCAAUCCUGCAUUUUAUUUUAAUGUGAAUUUGGAGGAAUCAUUGACACGCUGAAAGCAUCAUGAACUGGCGUAUCUGUAGUUUAGUACUAUAACUAUAUAAUUUUUGUGAUUAAUCAUGUAUGAUUUUAAUGGUUUGUAUGGUGGAAAUAUAAGAUACAUGUAUUGCUAAGUUGUAUGGGUUUUUUUUUCAUAAUGAUAAUCAUUCCAUAUAUCAAGAUUUAUUUGUGUGCUUUUGCGAUUCAUUUUGCUUUUGUUUUUAAGGCUUCUUAUUUAUAUUCAUUUAUAGUAUUUAUGGAUUAUUGGAAAGUUAGUGUUCAUGGAGACAGUAUUGGUCUUGGUUGUUUUCCUCUCUCACCAUGUACCUCUUUGUCAGUAGAUUAUUAGUUAAAUGUAUGAUGAUAUUUAGAUCCGUUGGUUUUGAUAGUGUUGUUUUGCCUGUGGAUUGGAUUCAACAUUAUAAUUCGCAUGGAGAUCGUAAGAUUAAUAUGUAAAAAGUUUGGACCUCAUUUUCUUAACAUGUCUCAUUAACAUAAAGUAUAUAAGAAUUUUUUUUUCUUCAAAUUUGCCAUCGGUGAUGUUGAAGUCUCCCUAUUUUUUUUAUAACAUUAAUUCCUCUCAAUCAAAAUUUUUUUUAAAAUUCUGCUGUGUAAUAGAUAAACAAACACUGAAGUAAAAAAAUGUUCAUCAGGUGUGUAUAAACAACUAACAAUAGAUAUACUUUUUUGAAGUGAAGUUUACUCUCCAAUUAAUAAGCUUGGAUAAUGGAGACUGUUUUGACCUGCUCAACAACUGUACUGUAAUUAAUUUGACCUAUUCAAUAGUAUGAUACUUUUCCUAAAGCAACUAAAAUGUGGUGUGGAAUUAUAAUACCCAGUAUGGGUGUUUAUCAGUUUAUUUUACCAGUAUGCAUUUGGAUUUUAUAAUAUGCAUUCUCAAGAUAGAUUGAAAUCAAGAGUAUCUGUGAUAUGGAAAGAUUGUAGUUUUUGUAAUUUUUGAUUCUAAUCUCAAUUUUGGUCAUGCAUGUAAUUGGGUAUACAAUAUUCAAAUUUUCCCGAAAAAGACACUGAAAAUGUUUCAAAUGACUGUAAAAGACAUGGAUGUAAAUUUAUCAGCUGUAUGCAUGUUCUUUCCACUGAGAAAGCAGGUUAUCUUCAAAGUUAAGCCAACUUAAAAUUGAUAAACAAAAAUGAUUGUCUUCCAUAUUCCAAGUAUAUGCACCUUCAAGGUAUGUCUUUGAGAUGGAAGUUGGGGGGUUUGUAUUCUGUGUUCAACAGUUGCUGUUUUAAUGAGAGGAAAGAAUUAUCACUGUAUAAAAUUAUUAAUCUUAUGGAUUGUGCAUGGUUCAUUCGUAUUAAUCUAAUAGAAGUGUAUGAUUGAGAGAUAGUUCCCCUUAUCAUCCUAUAAAUAACAGAAAGAAUUUGAGACCUACAGGUUUUUCUUUCUUUUUAAUGUUUUUCACCUUGUAGUAGUCGCAGUUUGUAAUUUAUUAGCAAUCAUACCAACAUUUGUAUAUGUGUAAAAGUGCAACUUCAUUUUGAUUUUUAAAAAAAUUGUGUUAUAACCCUCCCUCCCUGUUGAGAAAAAAAUUGAUUGUGUAACAAGGAUAAACCUGGUUUUCUGUGUGUAAUUGAUAAAACUUAACGUACUGUAUGCUAUGGUUUGACCAAAGAGGUUAGAAUGAGUGUGUUUUUAAACAAUCUUAAUCUAGAUUCCAUUCAGCUUUGGUAAAUUCCAUGUAAUAAAUCAUAAUGAGUAUAUUACAAUUAAGUCACUUUUGUACAAUAAAAAUCAUAUCAAA